GAGACUUGACAAACAUUAAACCCUCAGCUUUGAAACCUAACCUUGAUUGUCACAUUAUAAGACUUCUCUUACAUUAUUCAUAGUUUAUGAAUCGAAACUAAUUUUUCCUAAUCAGUGUUUUCCUCGGAGAUUAAUCGGUUGUUAGUGUAUAUUAAUCCCGAUUUAUCGUCAGCUUGAGCACUUGAUUAGCUUGAGCACCAAGCUUUUCUAUCUACUCAAUCGUCAAGAUCUUAAUUAGCUGUGGAGAUGGCAUCAAAAGCUAUGGCUAAACCAAUGUUGAGAGGGGUAGUGAAAGCUGUUCCAUCCGGUGAUACUAUGGUGAUCAUGGAGAUGGGAAACAAGGCACCGGAGAUCCCUGUGGAGAGGACCGUAAUUUUAUCAUCACUUACGGCUCCGAGAUUGGCUCGCAGAGGUAGACAGCAAACUACAGAUGAGCCAUUUUCAUGGCAAAGCAGAGAGUUUCUAAGAAAACUUUGCAUUGGAAAGGAAGUUGGUUUCCAAAUAGAUUACACUUUACCACGCAAAGGGCUUGAAUUUGGCACCGUUUUUCUUGGUGAUAAAAAUGUUGCAUGCUGGGUUGUUGCACAAGGCUGGGCAAAGGUUAGGGAGGCAAGGGAGUCCGAGAAAGAUAAAGGUGAAUGUAGUCCUCAUCUAAAGAUGCUCAGAAAUUGCGAAAAUAUGGCAAUAAAUCAAGGUUUUGGUCUUUGGAGCAAGGCAGCAGGUGCUGUUAGGGACCUCCCUCCUUCUGCAGUCGACGAUCCAGAUAACUUAGAUGCGGAGGCCUUUCUAGAUGGAAACAAAGGGAGGCCUGUGGAAGCUAUUGUUGAGUAUGUUCCGAAUGGAAGCACUCUCCUUGUUUAUUUGCUUCCAGACUAUGAGCAUGUCCGAGUGUUUGUUGCUGGAGUCCAGGCACCACUUCUGAGAAAUCGGAAUGCUGAACCUGAAAAGGCCGACGGAUAUGGAAAAACUUCUAACGGAACUGCAAAUGGAAAAACUCCUAAUGGAACUCGUGGUCCAUUAAAAUCAGCACAGAAUGUAGCUACAUCAUCAGCUCCUGUAACAAAAGAUGCUCCUGAUACAUAUGGGAGGGAAAGCAAACAUUUUACUGAGCUUCGUGUUUUACAUAGAAAUGUGCGCAUUGUCUUUGAGGAUUAUGACAGAACAGCCCUGAUUGGAUCAGUAUAUUAUCAGGAUGGUGAAUUGAUUAAGGACUUGGCUGUGCAGCUUCUUGAAAAUGGUUUAGCUAAAUAUGUUGAAUGGAGUGCUUCUUUCUUGCAAGAUAAGGUCAGGCUACAACUAAAAAAUUCUGAACUUGCAGCAAAGAACAACCGAUUGAGAAUGUGGAACAACUACAUGCCACCGCCUACUACUUCACAGGCUAUCAAAGACCAGAACUUCACUGGAAAGGUUGUUGAGGUCGCAAGUGGAGAUUGCAUUGUAGUAAAGGUUGAUUCUCUACCAGUCACCAGUUCAGCAGCAGGGAGGCGAGUCUAUCUCUCUAGUAUUAGGUGUCCCAGGCUUGUCAAUGGUCGUAAUGAAGACAGAGGAAAGGUUUCUUUCUAUGCACGUGAAGCGAGGGAGUUUUUGAAGAAACAUCUAUAUGGCCGUCAAGUGCAUGUAUCAAUGGAAUAUUCUAGGAAGGUAAAUACUGCAGAGGGACCUGAAGAACGGGUAAUGGAAUUUGGUUCGGUCUUUCUUGAAUCACAAUCAGAAAGCACUGAAGAUGUCCUGUUGGCCCUACCUACUGCUGGCAGCCAGCAUCACAGGACAAACAUUGCUGAAUUGAUGGUUGCCCGUGGCUUUGCUGAAGUGAUUAGACAUAGGGAAUUUGAAGUGAGAUCAAAUUAUUAUGAUGCACUUGUUGAUGCUGAAUGUCGUGCAAAAGUUGCAAAGGAAGGGAUGCACUCUGAUAAGAAGUAUGGUGAAAAACAAGCUGUUUCUAAUGGUCAAGCUAUCAGAAGAACACAGAAAAAAGAGUCACAGAUACGGGAGAGCAGUGUAAAUGGACAAGAAGUUUCUAGUACUCAAGCUAUCAAAAGAACACCAAAAGAAGAGUUCCAGGUUGUGGUUAAAGAAGUCCUAGGUGGUGGAAGGUUCUACGUCCAAACAGCCGCAGAUCAGAAAGAGGCCUCUAUCAUUCAACAGAAACUUGCCUCUUUGAAGCUCCGAGAAGCUCCUGCAAUUGGUUCAUUCAAGUACAACAAGGGUGACCUUGUCAUUGCACAGUUCAGUCAAGAUAAUUGCUGGUACAGAGCAAUGAUAGUGAAUGUUCCUCAAGGUGCCAUUCGAUCUGCAAAGGCUAAAUACGAAGUGUUCUACAUUGACUACGGAACUCAGGAAUUUGUUGCUUACAGUCGUCUGCGACCUACAGAUUGUUAUUCUGUUCCAUCAUCACCAGGCCUUGCUCAACUAUGCAGCCUAGCUCAUGUCAAGGUCCCGAGCUGGGAAGAGGAUCACGGGAAGGAGGCAGCACACUGUCUUAGCGAUCACAUACUAAACAGACAGCAGUUGAAGGCCAUUGUUGAGGAAAGGGAUACCUCUGGUGGAGAAGCUAGGGGACAUGGCACUGGGACUAAUCUUAUCGUAACCUUGAUGGAUGCAAAAGCUAACAUAAGUAUCAAUGCUGUCAUGCUCAAGAAAGGAUAUGCUAGGGUAGAUAAGACGAGACGGGAAGAUGCAGCAGCAGAACAGACGACUGAGGAGGUAAAACCAUGCCGCGAAGAUGCAGCAGUAAAGCAGACAAUUAAAAAGCUGGAAGCAUACCAGGUUAAAGCAAAAAAAGAGAGAAUAGGCAUGUGGGAGAACGGAGAUAUUAUCUCAGAUGACGAUGACGAAAAUGAAAAAUCCUCUUGUUAGGAAUGUGGUGAGCAGCACUAGCAGUACAAAUUUUUGUAGCCUGAAGGAAAAAUAUAGGUUCUGGAAUAGAAUUCUGAUGAGAUGUGGAAUAUUGCUUUUACAGAGAGAGAAGAGAAGCAUAUCUAAAGAUUUCUGCACUUAAAAUUACUACACGAAGUAUAAUAUCAAAUUAUGUUUGUUUUUGUUUC